UUUAUACCGUCUCCGCCCGCGACCCGGCCAGUUAACGCGCAUGCGCAGUUACGACAAAUUGUGAAAGAGCCAUAUUUGGUCAUCAAGCCCACAUGCAUCCUGCGUGUGCUGUGCUGUGCUGUCGUGAGGAAGAUGCCGUUUUCUCCAAAGAGCGUGUUUUCUCCGUUGCCGCGGACUAAGCGGGCCACGUCGGUGGUCCUCCAUGGAGACCCCAAGGGAAGGAACGUGUUGUACACCGUGGGUCGCUCGGUCAUCAUCAGAGACUUAGAGAACUCUGGGGAGGCGGACGUUUAUACUCAGCACUCAGUGGAGGCCACAGUGGCGUGCUAUUCCCCCAGUGGGUUUUACAUCGCCUCUGGAGACGUAUCGGGGAAGAUCAGGAUCUGGGACACCACACAGAAAGAACAUAUCUUGAAAUAUGAGUACCAGCCGAUAGCAGGAGCCAUCAAAGACAUCGCCUGGUCUCCAGACAGCAAAAGGAUAGCAGUCUGUGGAGAGGGUCGUGAGAAGUUCGGUCAUGUGUUUCUGUGGGACUCUGGCUCCUCCGUUGGGGAGAUCAUGGGACACUCUAAAUUCAUCAACUCCAUCGACUAUCGACCGAGUCGACCAUUCAGAGUGGCCACUGGUGGAGAAGACAACAAAGUCUGCUGGUUUGAAGGUCCUCCAUUUCGCUACAAGAAUACCUUCACGGAGCAUACUAGGUUUGUCAACUGUGUGAGGUUCUCGCCUGACGGGGCUCUGCUCUGCUCUGUCAGCUCUGACGGGAAGGCUGUGGUGUACGAUGGGUCCACCGGGGACACCAAGGGAUGUCUGGGAGGAGACAAGGCCCACAAUGGAGGCAUAUAUGCUGUUGCCUGGGGUCCCGACAGCAAGCAGCUGCUGACUGCCUCGGGAGACAAGACUUGCAAGCUCUGGGAUGUUACCACCUGUCAGGUUGUCAGUGAGUUCAAGAUGGGCACUGCGGUGGAGGACCAGCAAUUGGGCUGUCUUUGGCAGGGAACACACCUCCUCUCCGUCUCUCUCUCUGGGUUCAUCAACUUCCUGGAUGUCAACAAUCCUGCCACUCCUCUCAGGGUUGUCAAGGGCCAGAAUACAAACCUUAACUCACUGGCCUCUGCCUCUGACACGGUGUAUGCCGGGAGCCUGGAUGGCAGGAUUAGUCACUGGGGAGUGGAAUCAGGACAUGUGGACCUGGUGUCAGGCCAGGGCCACACAAACUCAGUCUGCUGUCUUCAGACCACUCCCGACCUGCUCCUCUCUCUUGGACUCGACAAGAACUUCAAGUCCACUUCUCUGGCCACCAAUGAGCUUGCUGAGGGAUGUCUGAAUCUGCCUGGACUGGACCCCACUGACAUGUCUGUGGCCUCAGAUGGAACUGUGGUGAUUGCCACUCUAACUGAAGUAGUGCUGGCAAGGGGGGAGAAGAGAGUGGGAAGUUUGAAAGUCAACUACCAGCCUCAGGCUGUGGCUGCACACCCGACUCUGCCUGAGCUGGUGGUAGCUGGGAAGGUAAGUCAAUACCGAGAGAUAAGAGAGAAAAGAGAGUCUGUGGGUCUGUAGGACAACUCUGUGCACGUGUACACUUUGAGUGGGGACAGCCUGACAGAGAAGAAGUCGUUCCAGGCAGGCAAGGAGGUGGUUGCAGCUGAGUUCUCACCUGAUGGAGCCACUCUGGCCAUCAGCAGUGGUCGCUCCAUCCUCCUGUUUGACUCAGCCAGCUAUCAGCAAACCAAGGACCUGCUGUUCCACACUGCCAAGAUUAUGGCAAUAGCCUGGUCCCCUGACUCCGCCUACAUUGUGUCCGGUAGUAUUGACACUAAUGUCAUAGUCUGGAAUGCAGCCACAGGAGAGCGAGAUGAAAUUAGAGGGGCACACCCUCUCUCUGUAGUGACUGGAGUGGCGUGGAUUUCAAACAUAGUCUUUGCCUCCUGUGGCCAUGACAGCUGUGUCCGUGUGUGGGAACGCUCAUCAGCCUAGUUGUGUGGAAAUGUGACUGACUUGCUUUAGUUUCGUUUCUAGUUUUGGUUGUUCUAUUCACUCACUGUUUCUUAGUAAUUAUUAUUAUCGUGUGGACAUCACACACUUCAACAGUCAUCUAUUGCAUCACACACUUCCCCUUCUGCUCCAACUGUUCUCCUGUGUGUGAUGUCACCACUCCACACAUGGGGGGAGAGGGAUAAACAAUGAACCUUGUAUACUCAGAGCCCUAUUGUCUCGAGCCCUAGUGUCCUGUCCAGUAGUGACUUCUUUUUGAGAUGGAGUAGUGCUGUGCACGUGUGGCCCAGUCACAUAAACCACACGGUAUAUUAUAAUUAUUAGUAGACCUUUUCGGCUUUCAAAUAAUAUUGCUGUUACACAUUAAGUUACCUGAACUGAUACAGAGCGUUGGGAGAGCCAUAGAACUCUGUGUCCCCUGAGAAGAAAUGUGGCUCCACAGUGAGUCACACAGACCAGGUAUAUAUUAUUAUAUAUACCUACUUGACCCGAAACAUUCACUAUCAAUCCAGCACUCAACAGUUGUGUCUCUACACUCUAACAUGGUUGUCAAAAUGAAAAUGUGAGAUAGUAUACAACCUUCGGCACCUUGGCUUGUUCCACUGAUGCCAUUCCCACCAUAUGGUCUGUGAACCAUUCCAGUGCAUCAGCUCCUGUGAAAACUCGCUGCACCGCCCUGCCAACCAUCCUCUCUUGAGUUGGAAUGCCUCCCUCAGGGUCCUGCAGUUGGCCACUGUACAU